AUAUAUAUAUAUUAUGUACAGUAGUUCUUUUGAAAGGUACAUGACACACAUGCAUUUACACACCAUGAAUCUACUUGUGUUCUUUUGAUGGGAAAGGGAUCAUUAUGCAUUAGCAUAUGUGAUGAGCCAUUUGCACGGAGACACGGAAGUCCUAGCAUUUGUUUGCAACUGACCUGAUGGCGGACUUCAAGCUUGCAGUUGAUGAGAACAACAAGGCCACAGAGCUGCCCUUGCUGCGAAUCUGUGGCACUGUUCAACAAAAUCCACAUAUGAGAGCCUUCUGGGGAGCGACCUUCUCUUUCUUCCUGGCCUUCUUGGGUUGGUUUGCUUUGGCGCCUUUGGGACUGGAGGUGGCCACUAGCAUGGGGCGGUGCGAGAACCAGCUUUAUCCAGUGGAUACCAACCCCAAGCGAGUGGCUUACUUGAAGUACAAGAACAUCUCUACCACGGACACAUACUGCCAAUAUGGCACGGUGAAGGACAGUGAGGGCACACUCACUGACUGUGCUGAAGUGCCAAGCGACAUUGCCAACAACGCCACUGCAUCUGCUGAGGAGAAGCUCAAGUACCGACCUCAGGUGCUGGCGAAAUGCGUUUGCACCACUGGAACCCAGUGCAAUGGCAUCAUCGCCAAUGCUGGAGUGGCAGCUGUAGCAUCGACCAUCUUUGUUCGCAUUGCACUUGGAACGCUCUUGGAGCGAUUUGGCCCCGUGAAUGUGCAGUCAGGUCUAUUGACAUUCGGAGCCAUUUGGGUCGCUUUGGCUGCAACAAUUCAGGUUCCAUGGCAAUACACCAUCAUCCGAUUCUUUAUUGGAUGCGCUGGGGCCACUUUCGUGACGAACCAGUUCUGGUGCUCCUUGAUGUUUGCGCCGAAUGUGGUCGGCACUGCCAAUGCCACCGCAGCUGGCUGGGGCAACUUGGGUGGUGGUGUCACACAGAUCUUCAUGAUCUCUGUGCUCUUCAACCCUAUGGUGAGCAGCGGUAUGGAAGCGGACACAGCCUGGCGAGUGUCUAUGAUCAUUCCGGCCAUUCUUUUCCUCAUUUGUGCGGCAGCAAUGAAGCUCUUGUGCUGGGACACGCCAACGGCUAAACGCUUUGAUGUGGCUGUUACUGGCAAGACCAAGAAGCCAUCCAUGUGGGACUAUGUGGAAGUGCUGAAAGACGUUCGUGUGGUUGUGAUGAUCUUCCAGUAUUCCGCAUGCUUUGGCACAGAACUCGCCAUGAACAACCAAUUGGCUACUCACUUCAGAACCUAUUUCCAGCUGCCUGCGGCCGAUGCUUCUGCCUUGGCAGGAGCUUUCGGGCUGAUGAACCUUUUUGCCCGCUCUUUAGGUGGCAUCUCAAGUGAUCUCCUCUUCAAGUACGUAGGGUUCCGUGGUCGUAUUUGGGCGCAAUUCUUGGCCCUCUUCUUCGAGGCGAUCUUCCUUUUCUGUUUUGGAUUGGUUGACAACUCGCAACCAUGGUAUGUGGCCCUGGCCGUACUUGUUUGCUUCUCUUUGUUUGUCCAGAUGGCAGAAGGCACGAGCUAUGGGAUUGUGCCUUUCAUGAACAAGCAACAGCUGGCAGUGGUGUCUGCACUUGUGGGGGCUGGUGGCAACUUGGGAGCUGUCAUUGCCGGCUUUUGUUUCUACCGACCUAUCAAUGACCCAUUGAUUCCGUUCCAAGUGCAUGCGGGCUAUGUCAUGUUCUGGGCAUUGUUGACCCCGCUCUACUACUGGCGUGAGCAUGGCGGCAUGUUCCAUGGCCCAGCCGUGACAGAGGAAAAGGUUGAGAAGUCUCAAGCAGAGGAGCCUGCUGGGCCUGCUGCAGACGUUGCCGUGUAACUUCCGUGUAAAACAUGAGAAAUGUGACACUGCUUAAUCACGUAACAGCAAAGGACAGCUGAGAGCAGCGCCUUGCUGCGGCCCUUGCAUGGAGUGCAGGACCGUUAGGAGAUUGACAGUGGCUUCAAUUCCUCUGGAAGACGUCGCAGUCAGUCAAAAA